AGCUUCUGAAAGUGUAACCUGAUUCCAUGUCUUGCCCUGCUCUGCCUUUCAUCGGCUUAGUAAUCUUGUUAGCAGAGUUCCUGCGUAAUCCUCCCACAGUGUUCAUAUCUCUGCAGGUCUACACGGCUUCUUCCCCGCAGCUCUGUGGGAUGCUGCUGGACCCCAACUGAGCAACUCAGGAUGUUGAGCUGGGUGGUCAAAGUUGUUCCCCAGCCGCCUGAGCCCAAAAAACCUGAAGAACCGAAGGAUGCUGCCCCGCCCCCUGCCCCGCCCCCUGCAGCUGCUCCGCCUCCAGUUACUGAGAAGAAAGUGAAGUUUCAAGAUGAAGUCAAAAGUGAAACACCAAAAGCUGAAAAACCAAUGCAGGAACCUCAGACAGGAGCGGAGAAUGGCCCAACAGCUGGGUCUCAGAGCGGCAUGCUGACGUGGAUCAGCGGCGCUUUGCCUCAACCCGCAGUCUCACCGAAAAUGAGCCGAGCAAACUCCACUGCCAAGGAGGAAGUUGAACCAGCCAGUAAACCCGAAGACGACAAAGGGAUGAUUGCCUGGAUAUCUCAGGGUCUGGAGAAGGUUGUUCCUCAGCCUGAGUUGAAGAGCAAAGAGUCGCCCACAGCUGAGCAGCCGGCAGAGGUGCGUCAGGCUGCACCUGCUCCAGCUGCAGAGCCUCCGGUUACUGUGGUGGAGGUGAAACCGGACCAAACUGAAAACAAGCCACCGAGCAUGAUAGACUGGAUCAAACAGGGCAUCGAGAAGGUGGUUCCUCAGCCAGAGAUUCAUGUUCGCUCAAAAACGGAGGCUGAAGCUCCGGCUCCGGCUAAAGCUGAAGCUCCGCCUCCAGCUCCUCCACCUGUCCCCAAACCAGCCCCAGAGACCGAGAAGUCCACCAAGGAAGCCGAGGAGCCACCAAACAUGAUGGGCUGGAUCGUCAAUGGGAUCGGUCGCAUGUUGCCUCAGCCCGUGCAGAAGUCGGAUGCAGGAAAUGAGGAGGUGCAGACCAUCAGUAUCAUACAGAAGAACACCGACCUGGUGCUGGAGGACAUUGAACAGGAAGAAGUCAAGGAAACAAAGCCGGAGGUGAAGGAAGUGAAGGAAGAGCCACAGCUGGAGAAGAAAGAGGAUGUGAAGCCAUCCAAAAAGACUGAAGAUGCAGAAUCACAGGUGGAUGAGUUGAGUCCACUGAUUGACAGCAUCAAAAAGGAGGCUGGAGAGGCAGUCCUAGCUCACAUGGAGGAAAGGCUGCAGCAGGAGCGUCUGGAGGCAGCUCGUGUGGCCGAGGAGAUGGCCAGAAAGGCAGCGGAGGAGGCAGUCCGCCAGCUCGAGGUGGAGCAUUCAGCUAAGAUUGUAAUAGAAACGCUACCAGAGUCCAAUGAACAGCUGCCCAAUAUCCUGGAAGAAGAAAACGAGGAUGAUCCAGAGUUACAAAACCUGCAGGAGGACAGUGAAGACAGCACAGAGAAUCAGAAUCCUGAGGAAAAUAAAGUGACAGAGGAAGAUAAAAUCAAGACCACUGUUGAGGAAGAGACUAAAUCUGAUCAGGCAGAUCUCAAAAGGUGCAUGGUAGACGUCUGCCCAGCUGAAGAUGAAAUCAAAGCAACAACUCAAGUGGAAAAGGUGGAGCCUGCUCCAGACGAAACCCACAAGCCCCCAACUCCACCCACUGAAUCUGAAGCACCAGAGGAAGCCACUCCUUCAACAGAUGCAGAACCAGUCUCCCAACAACCUGAGCCACUGCCUCCAGAAACUCCACUCACUACCACGGAUCAGACCAGCACAGCAGAAGCAGAAGAAGGUGGAUGUGGAGAAAACUGCAGUAAACGUUUGGCUGAAGCUUCAGAACUGAAGGUGGAGGCGAUGGAUGUAAUGGAAGGGAAAGGUCUGAACAUCCCCCAGAUUAUCACCACCCCAGAACCAGAACCGAACCAUCUCACAGCCCCAGAGCUCAGUGUUGCAGGUGAUGUGUCUGCAGACGAGGACGAUCCCGAGCUGCUGAGGGUCGGUUUGAAAGUCUGGAGCACUCAGGGAGACCACCUGACUGCAGACGACGAGACACGUCCGCUGUCGGCGACCAGCGUCGGCAGCGUGGUGGUCCAGGACCGCCUCAACGAUCUCGUCAGGCUGUUCAAAGGUCGGACGGAGCGGCAGAAAGAACGGCUGAUCGACCCGGACGAAUCGGAGGAAGAAAGUCCCGCAGCCUCUCCAAGCAAAGCUCCGCCUCCCCCUCCUCCCCCGCCUCCCCCAGGAGAGGAGAAGAAAGAUGCAGCAGCAGGAGGAGGAGAAGAAGAAAAGGAGGAGGAAAAGGAGUUUAAAUUUGAGCUUCUGGGAUAUGAGGUCAAAAUUCCCAAUCUGCCCAAACUUCCCCCGAUGCCCGGCUGGCUCCGAGCCAUCCUGGACUUCCGCUUCCCCUCGAGCAUCGACCCGUUCACCGACCUGAUCUACGUCAUCUGGCUGUUCUUCGUGGUGGCGGCGUGGAACUGGAACGUAUGGCUGAUCCCCGUCCGCUGGGCGUUUCCUUACCAAACCCCCGAAAACAUCCACCUGUGGCUGCUGGCCGACUACACCUUCGACCUCAUCUACAUCAUUGAUAUCCUCGUCUUCCAGCCCAGGUUGCAGUUCGUCCGCGGAGGCGACAUCGUGUGUGACAAGAAGGACAUGAGGGAGCACUACAUGACCACAGAGAGAUUUAAGAUGGACAUCAUCAGCCUGUUUCCUUUGGAGGUAUUUUACUAUUUCACUGGAGUCAACUCUCUGUUGAGGUUCCCUCGCCUGCUGAAGUACAUGGUUUUCUCUGAGUACAUCCGCUGUUACUACUUUGCCGUGAAGACGCUGAUCACCAUUGGAGGACUGCCCGACCCAACCACUGUCUUUGAAAUCUGCUUCCAACUCAUUAAUUACUUUGUUGGCGUCUUUGCUUUCUCCAUCAUGAUCGGUCAGAUGAGGGAUGUAGUUGGAGCGGCGACUGCUGGGGAGAACUACUACCGUGCCUGUAUGGACAGCACGGUUAAGUACAUGACCUCCUACAACAUCCCUCGUGAGGUCCAGAACCGCAUCAAGACCUGGUACGACUACACCUGGAAGAGCCAGGGCAUGCUGGAUGAGCAGGAGCUUCUGAUCCAGCUUCCCGAUAAGAUGAGGAUGGACAUCGCCGUGGACGUUAACUACGCCAUCGUCAGUAAAGUCGCCCUGUUUCAGGGCUGUGAUAGGCAGAUGGUGUUUGACAUGCUAAUGAGGCUCAAGUCUGUCGUGUACCUGCCCGGAGACUUUGUUUGUAAAAAGGGGGAGAUCGGCAGGGAGAUGUACAUCAUCAAGCAGGGCGAGGUUCAGGUGGUGGGCGGUCCCGACCUGCAGACGGUGUUCGUCACCAUCAGAGCCGGCUCGGUGUUUGGAGAGAUCAGUCUGCUGGCGGGAGGCGGAGGAAACCGGCGCACAGCCAACGUGAAGGCCCACGGAUUUGCCAAUUUGUUCAUCCUGGAUAAGAAGGACCUGGCAGAGAUCCUGGUGCAUUACCCCGAGUCCGAAAAACUGCUGCGCAAGAAGGCCAACAUCUUUGCUCUCGCUGCAGCAAAGACUUCAGCUAGAACCUUCUGGUUUAUGGCUGCCAUCGUUUUUCAGGAUUUGGAUUUUUCCUGUGUGCAGCAAAGGAAAGUCAUUUUGUCCUCCAUCUUUCUUCCUGUCCUUUCCUUCUUUGUUCUUCAGGCUCCUCCCUCCAUUUCUCCAAUCCCGCCCCCUUCCCCAAUGCACCGCCGGUCUCCGGUACCCCUGAGUCCAGCUCCGGAAGACGGAGAGGAAACGGUGGCAGAGACAGCCGACAGCUCGGUCAUCAUCAGGAUGACGCCGCGGCACAAAGGGGAGGAGCUUCUCACCGUGGAGAUAAAGGCAGGAGAGAGAGGGGGGGAGGAGGAGAAGGAGGAGACGAAGGAGAAGGAAAAGGAGCCAUCAAAGGAGUGAGCUGACAGGAAGCUGCUGCCCUCCACCUGCUCCAAGGAGGAAACCGGACACUCUCAGGUGUAGGACAUGCUUCUUCUUCUGUGGUGGAUUUUAUUGUCACAGAAAAACACAUUUUCAUCUAAACUGUCACAUGACAGGAAGGAAGGAGAAGAAUGAUGUAAAUGAAAGGAAGCAGGAAAUAAAGCAAGGACGGAAAGAAUACAUCCUUCUUUUCUUCCUUCUUCCCACCUUAAUUCAGGUUUUUUUCAGGUCUCAGAGUUUCAGAGAACUUUGAUCUCACGGAGGUUACUGUCUGGCUGCAGUACCGUCUUUGGCCACACGAACUGACUUACAUGUACCAGCCAUUAGAACCCAGAGGGGCGCUGUUUCACCACGCAGGAGGAGUGUGUCUGUAACAGAAAUGAUUAAAGAAACUCAUUUUCCCAGAAUCCCCGGUUUCUGUCCUGCAGCUUCUUAACCACUGACUUUCUGGGGCCCUCCCUCAGCUGAUUUUAGAGGCAUGUGUUGGGAACUACAGGAAGCAGCCGGAAGAAGAAGAAGAAAGGCGUGAGCUGCGUCUUCUUCAUGUAAAAACAGACUGAACAUGUAUUUGUGGCGUGUGAGAGAUCUGACAGCCGCUGAUUGAUUUUCCACCGAGAGCUGCUCGAUAGCGCUGUCUGACAUCAGCUGAGCUCUGAGGACAUCCAAUGAUUUUAGCCGGCAGCUUCCAGGUCAUUCAGGGUCACCAGGAUGACGGUUCAGGGUCAGCGGGUCAGUUUGGACCUCUGAGUCAUGAGGUCUUCAUCAGCACACACAAAAGUGCAGCAUGUAUUUUAAUGUCUGAACAUGUUGCUUUUCCUAUAACCCAGUAAAAAUAUCAUAGUUAGAACAAAUGGUUCACUGUUUGAACUCUGAAAGCUUGUUUCUAUCAAAGAAAAAAAGAUUUUCUGCCAUUUAUGAACCAAAAUUUGCCCAAAAAGUUGCCCAAAAAGAUGAAAUUUGGGGAUACUGAACCUGAAAUUUAGAAUUUAUGAUGUCAAAAAUGUACUGAAACAAGCUUCUGUUCAUAACAAAAACCGCACAUAAAAAAAUCUAAAAUAAGCAAUUAAAAAAUGAAAUCAUGAGGCAAGCUUUAAUACAAUAAAGCCUACAGUCAUUUUAGCUGUAGCUGCUGGAGGGCGCUGCUGAGCUUUCUGAUAGAGUAAAGAGCCUGGGUGUAGAAGCUCCUGCCCACAGAGCUGCUGCAGCGUUUAUACAGGACAGGAAAAGCUUCAGGAAGCGCAGGAAACUGUGUCGGCCGAGCCGAGAAAAAGGCGGGAAAACAGAAACAAUGCAGCACAGGAAGCUUCGUGAUUACUGCUGAUUGUCGAGAGUAGAAGAAGAAAUGUGACACUGCUGCUUUGGCUCAGAAUUCAGGUUUUAUUGUAUUUGUACUGAAGCAACGACGUCACUGUAAGAAUUAAAAACCAGUUUGUAAAUAAAAUGAUUAUAACGAG